UUAACAUGGCGGAGGUCGCUUCUUCAGCGGCUCCGAGCCCGCGGGGCCGUGCGGACGGGGAGAGUGCGGACUCCUCACGCCAGGAGAUGGUGGAGCGGUCCAGAGAGAACCACGAACAGUUUGAGUGCCAGGAACUGACCGAGUGUCAGAUGCAGUUGAGCACCCCUGAAGAAGAGGAGGAGGAGGAGGGAGAGGAAGAGGAAGAAUUAGGGGAGGACGCGGGCCUGGUGGCGGAGGCCGAGGCUGUGGCUGCCGGCUGGAUGCUCGACUUCCUCUGCCUCUCUCUUUGCCGGGCCUUCUGCGACGGCCGCUCGGAGGACUUCCACCGAACCCGCGACAGCGCGGAAGCCAUUAUUCAUGGACUAUCCAGUCUUACAACUUAUCAACUGAGAACUAUAUACAUAUGUCAGUUUUUGACGAGAAUUGCGGCAGGAAAAUCCCUCGAUGCACAGUUUGAAAAUGAUGAGCAAAUUACACCCUUGGAAUCAGCCCUGAUGAUUUGGGCUUCAAUUGAAAAGGAACAUGACAAACUUCAUGAAGAAAUAGACAACUUAAUUAAAAUUCAGGCUAUAGCCGUUUGUAUGGAAAAUGGCAGUUUUAAGGAAGCAGAAGAAGUCUUCGAAAGAAUAUUUGGUGACCCAAAUUCUCACACGUCUUUAGAAAGAAAAUUGCUUAUGAUAAUCUCUCAAAAAGAUACAUUCCACUCUUUUUUUCAACACUUCAGCUACAAUCACAUGAUGGAAAAAAUUAAGAGUUAUGUGAAUUAUGUGAUUACUGAAAAAUCAUCAACUUUUCUAAUGAAGGCAGCAGCAAAAGUAGUGGAAAGUGAAAAAUCAAGAAAAAUAACUUCUCAAGGUAAACCUAAUGGUAAUGAUAUUGAAGUGGAACCUGAAGUCAAUUCAGAUAAAGGAAAAAGUAUUAGUGACAAACAGUCUGCGGUAACUGAAUCCUCAGGGGGUACAGUAUCCUUAUUGAGGUCUCACAAGAAUCUCUUCUUAUCCAAGUUGAAACGUGGAAGCUGGCGGCAAGACUUUAAUGAGAAAGAGGAGAGAGUUGGAACUCUUCAAAGUGGGAAAAAAAAGAAAGAAAACAGAAGAUCCACUGAAAGGAAGAGAUUAUGUGUUUCAAAGAAUCAACCUGUAACUCAUGAAAAACAGCGACCUAGGAAAAGACAGGCAUGGCUUUGGGAAGAAGACAAGAAUUUGAGAUCUGGUGUGAGGAAGUAUGGAGAGGGAAACUGGUCUAAAAUACUAUUACAUUAUAAAUUCAACAACCGAACAAGUGUCAUGUUAAAAGACAGAUGGAGGACUAUGAAGAAACUAAAAUUGAUUUGUUCGGACAGUGAAGACUGAAUGUAUUUGUUGAAGCUUGAGCAAGGACAGUUAAAUAUUUUGAUCACUACAUUUUGUUUGAAACUUACUGGUCGUUGAUGUAUCUUAAAAUUUUUGUUUAAAGCAUUAUUUUUCUGUGACAGUUUAAUAAGGAUUUGUGCUCUUGAGUAAAAUUAUAGGUCAUUUUGUUCUUCAAGAAUGUUUUUAUUUUGAUAAAAUGUAAAUAUGUUUACCCCUACCAAAUUCACUACCCCCAAAUCUAAAUAAGCUAAAUAAGGCUUCUUUAUAACCUGAUAUUGGGUUCCCUGGGAUGCUUUAACAUAUCAGUAUUGGAUGUAAAUAGUAUUCUGUAAAUGCUUAAAUUGUAUUAACCAUGAUUAUCUUUACAGAGUGGUAAUAAACAAGGUUAAACAUAGCUUACUAGACAAUUUGAAUUUUCAUCUAUUUAUUUAGGUGUUUUAAAGACUAAUAGAAUUAUUUAGCAUUUUGUGUUAUGUGAUUUGUUUAGCAAACAAGUAUUGAAAUAUUGAGGUAGUUCCUUUAAAGUCACAUGUAAUAUUUUAUGAUCUCUUCCAUUUCCUAUUAAAGUUUUUUAUACUUCUUUGUGAUUGUUCCUGAAAUUAUAUUGUCCUACAUGUAUAAACAAAAACAUGAAUAAUUACUGUAUGGUUCCUAAUAAUUGCAGUCUGUCCUAUUGUGCUGAAUAUACUGUGUUUAUCUGACUUCAGUGAUUAAAACCAAAG